AUGUCCAAGUUCCCAUCGAUAGAAGAAAUUGAUCAAGACAUUGAUAUUCCCACCUCCAGCUCGGCUGCUCCCGAUUCUGGCGACUUUAUUGACUUUUCAAACGAAGAUGCCAGCGCCCCAGCUCCCGAUGAUUUUCUGACGCGCGAAAAGGCUCUGCUUGGUGAUGAUGCCAAGGAGUUUGAGACCAGCGACGAUGCAAAAGUCAAGAGUGCUCCUGAUGAGAUUUCUGAAUUUAAGGCAUCUUUCCCCGCGUUAGACACCACUGCUCCUACUACCACCACUUCUAAUACCACCACAGACGCGCCUGAAGAUGCUUCGUCGAGCGGGAUCUCCUCGGGCGUCAAAUCGCUGUCUCUGGAAGACUCACAGGCUAUCAAAGAGUGGAGAGAACGUCAGGCUCUUGAGAUUCAGCGCCGUGACCAGCUUAGCGAGACCAAGCGCCAGGAAACACGCGAGGCUGCUAAGGCCAAUAUUGAUGACUUUUACGAGAAUUACGCUAACAAGAAGGAUUCUCUCAUUGAGAAGGUGCGCGCUGAGGAGAAGACUUUUAUUGAUGAGCGCGACAACAGCGUUGUUGGUACCACCUGGGACAGAAUUGCAAAGCUCAUCGAUACCUCCAACAAGGGUGCCAAGUCUGAGAUUAGCGACAAGUCUAGAUUUAGAGAUGUUCUUUUAUCUCUCAAGGGCAAUCCUGAUGCCCCUGGUGCUGCUGGUUACUAG